AUGGCGACGACAAAUCUAACAGCAGGUGGCCAUGGAACCCAGAUGACAUUUGAAGAACUGAUAUGUUCUUCUUCUUAUGUUGGACGACUACAGAAACAACAGUCAAAUUAUAUGUCAGCAAUAAUACUUCUUCUCUCCGUCACAGCAUUUCUUGGUAAUUCUCUGAUUCUUGCUGCCCUUCACAAGGAAUCCUCCCUUCACCCGCCCUCCAAACUCUUGUAUCGCUGUUUGGCAACAACUGAUUUGUUGGUUGGUCUUGUUUCCCUGCCUCUCUAUGCUACUUAUUGGAUCUCCGUGGCUCAAGAAAACUGGGGUCUUUGUCGACACGCAAGGGACACAGCCUUCAUAGCAAGCUAUACAUUAUGUUCAGUGUCUUUAUUGACAAUGACGGCCAUAAGUGUGGACAGACUUCUCGCCCUGCUGCUGGGGCUGAGAUACAGACAAAUUGUAACUUUGAAGCGCACAGGUAUCAUUGUAGCUACCUUUUGGAUUCUGAGUCACCCAAAUGUACUGAACAUAGCGCGUUACAGAAAGGCAGUGUAUAGUGCGCUAUGGGUGCAGUUAGCUUUAGUUGUUUGUUAUUUACCGUUUAAUUCGGUUGUAAUUGUAAUGAGCUAUAGCAAAACGUAUCCAUCGCACCUAGUCUUUAUACGGGAAGUAGGAGUAGUGUUAGUUUACUUAAACUCCACGUUAAAUCCGAUCCUUUAUUGCUGGAAGGUUUGUGAAGUGAGACAAUCAGUGAAGCAGUUGAUUAGACAAGCUCUUUGCUAUUCGUGGAGUUAA